AUGCGUUGCCUGGUGGUGGCCCCCGUGUUUUGGGACACGGUCUCCGACCAGUCACCGUUCGUGUUCGAAGGCAACGUACUCCAACUCGACGUAGCUGAAUCGAUGCAAGUGUCGAACAUCUAUCGAAUACAGUGUGAUCUGUUCAAUGGAGUCCUUCAACGAACCGUUGCAGUGCAAAUCCUACGUUCGUCCGAAUUCGACCUAGCGAUCUCCGGGCCCACAACAAGGAGUCACGAUCCUUACCGACCAGGAGUGUAUCGAUGCGAGUUGGUCACAUCACCGGGAGUGGAUCUCAGUGAUUUGCGCAAUCGGCCCCACUGGGAACCGGUCACAUCGGGGCGGGUGAAGAUAUUCCGUAACGUCCUAACGGUCGAUAAAUCCACUAGCCCUGGAGAGCAUACAGUCGAUUGUGUAUACGAUGAGAACGGUAUGAACCUGAGGAAACGGUUGACCUUCAGUUACCUUGGUAGGUCAUCCAGUUCUGGUAAACGUUCGAAACCUUUAAAUGUUGCUAAUACCGUACCCGGUACAGGUAAAGUCUAG